UUGAUCGGUAAUCACAUUACAUCUGUACAAGAAAUGUUCCGAAAUAAUCAAGAACUCAGAGAGCUCUACUUGGGAUUCAAUAAGAUAGCUACAAUACAACAGGGAAUAUUUCAAGAUUUGCCAGCACUCUAUCGUCUAUAUAUAAACAAUAAUCAACUUACUUCAGUACAACAAAGAACGUUUGAAAACCUGCCAGCGCUAUAUGAGCUACAACUGCGAGUAAACAGCAUAUCUGUUAUUGAAGAUAACACCUUCAUGAAUCUCACAGGAUUGGUUGGGUUACUUUUGGACUAUAAUCGAAUAACUGCAAUACAACGAGGAAUGUUUCGAGGACUACCAGCGCUCCGUACUAUAUGGUUGAAUAGCAAUCAAAUUACUACAAUAAAACCAGGAACGUUUGCAGACCUUCCAGCGCUAUCUAAUCUGUAUGUAAAAAGUUUUACAAUAUUGUAUUCACAGGCAAAAAAAACAUCGAAACACUUUAUAAAUGGCAUGAGUCCGAAGCGAUUUUCUGGAAUUACAUUCAUCAGGAACGAAUAUUUACUUUUACAAGUAUCAUAAAUUUAGUUGGAUCUAAAUGUUUUCAAAACAGACUGCAUAACAGAAUCAUACGUGGGAACAUUGAA